AUGCCAGAUUGCGAGGUCCACGAACCCUCGAAUGGCCCAUCAUAUCCCGCCCCCCCUCCUCUCCUCUCGUCUCCCCCGUCCCCCUUCCCGGACGGACUUCUUGCUACCCUCCAAAACUCGCAGAGGAAUCGGUGGUCAUACGACAGCCUACCUUUGUGGUUCUGCAGCCGUCAACGCCAGGAGGUAUACUCUAUGCCUGCAACGCCUCCCGUGCAAAGUAGGACUAUCGAGGUUGACGUCGACUUUCUUCCCGCCCCAGCGACGAAGCUCAUCGUCACGCAGUACCUCGAGGCCAGCCAGGAUCCCCCUUAUUGGGCGUGCAUCGUGGUUGGCGCAUUCCUCGAUUGCCAAGAGCGCGUCAUCUGGAGCACCGAGUUGUUUGCUGCCCAGCUUGACAUCCAGCUCGAGUCUGACGAGGAGGAGACGGCGAGCGAAUCGGAUGCCGGCGAGGACGACGACUACGAGACAUCUUCAGCAUCGAUCCGCCGAGGUUUUGGGAUCCCGUGCAUCAAGGCCCGGUUCCAGGAUACUGGCAAGCCUCCUUUGACGACGCCGCCGACCGCUGGGUUCACACCUGGCACCCUAUUCCUUGAAGCAGCCACGACGAUCACGCUGACGGGUGCCCAAUCCGCCGCAGCCCCUUCGAUCGACUUCAGCAUCAUGUCGGGAGGCUGGAAUCCGAUCACGGGCCGGGAUUCGUCCGGAUCCCGACCGCCCCUCGCCCCGUACGGAGCGCCUGUUCCGAGCCAAGGCCAGCCGUACAUUUACCACACGGGCGGCCCCGGGUACAACUUGGGCAUGGCGCCGCCGUACAACGGCUGGGCCAACGCUACCUACUCGAUGCAUGCCGUGGGGGCAUCGGCGAUUCCUGGCGGCACGUACCUUGGCCAGCAAGGGAUGGGAGGCUAUCAUGCCCAGCACACGUUUGCGUAUCAGCCCAACGGCGCGGGCAACAUGCUGCCACGGCAGCCGCAGCCGUGGCCACGGAUCGACCCCGAAAUGCCGGCGGCGCAGAUGACAAACUCGUCGGGCGGCCUCGGCUGCGAGCCCGGCUACAACUACUUUUUCCCGGCCGAGCACACCAAGGCGCACGUGUUCAAGUCGUCGCGGCCUCCGUGGCAGCUGCCGGCCAACACGCAGAUUCCCUUCAUGGCGACGCACAUUCCGACCAACACGACGUUUGCCGAGCUCAUGAAGGGGUUCGGAUGCACGAACCCCGUGGCCAAGAAGAACAGGGUCGUGGAGAUCAUUGCGGGCGGCGGAGGCAAGUGGUACAAGGGCAUGGAGGUCGGCGGCGGAGACAAGGUCAGCCUCACGAAGACGAUUGGAGAAGUAGGUUGGGAUUCGACGCGAACGGGAGGCGUGUGCGAGAAACCCGUCGUGUGCUUGUGGUUCUGCAAAGAGUAA